AUGUACAAUAAAGAUCUUUUUUCGCUAACACGUUUUGUUCUUAAAGAUAUUAAUGCAGAAUCAAUCUCAGAUGACUGUCGAUUGCCAGGAGUUUUAUACCAAGGAACCAAAAACGUAACAGAAACUGGUAGACCGUGUCAAAGAUGGGAUAAACAGAGCCCUCACGAACACGGCUAUGAUGUGUUUAGUCUUGCAAAAGAGAACUACUGUCGUAACUUCGACAGAGAGGAGCCAUGGUGCUUUACCAAUAACCCGGAUGUCCGUUGGGAACUCUGUGGCGUGGAAGUGUGCGGUAUUCUUUCACCAUGUCGAGAUCCUAGUGUGACAGGUGAUUCUUUUGUGGUGAUCAUGAUUAACUUUGCCAUCCCAUGUUUCAAAGAAUUCUUCAGAAAUACAACAGAUGGACCAACAUUAUGCCGGUAUUUAUUCACAGUGUAUCUUGAUAUGACACAAUUAAAAUGUUAAAAUGAGCAAAACAAGUUUCAUUUUCUUACUUUAUUAUCUAU